GGAUUUCCCUGAAGCCUCAUCUAACAGAGAAAGGAGAAAGGAUGCUUCAAAAAGAGAAAUACAAGACUGGAAUUAGGAGUUGAAGCAUAAUAACUGAGAAAUGUCACUAAGUGGCUGUAGUUUAGUGCUAUUCAGAUUGAUCGAUGGCUGCAUCACCAAGCGGAAGUCACCGGCUUAGCGCAGUUUCUGUGGCGAUUUUCAUCUUUUUCUUCACAACAACACUGCUUCCUUUCAGUAGUGCGGUUCCCGAUGGGUUAGCUGAUACAAGUUCUGGAACUGUGGAGAAAAGGGAACUGUUGACGUUGGGCUCAAGACCUCCUCAAUGUUUUAACAAGUGCUUUGAUUGCAGUCCUUGUACUCCAGAAUUGGUUAGUUCUCCUAGUCAACUUCGCAACAUGAAGAGGAGUAUUCGCACUAAUUUAAUGGCGUCAUCCGAACAAGAAUAUAAUCCAUAUCUUCCUCAAUCAUGGCAAUGUAGAUGCGGAAACAAAUUAUAUCAACUUUAGUUAUGAUCUUCUUCUGAUGCUGUCAUAGACAUUAGACGAGGAUGUGAACUACUUACUCUU